AUGCAAAUGUUCAUUAUUUGUGCUAUUUUGUUACCAGUUACAUUACAAUAUAAUGUAUAUUCUAGGGAGUUAGGUCAAAAGCAUCUGUACUCUCUGGAGGAGGCUCCAACACUUUUCGAAAGGUUUAUAAAAGAUUACAAUAAAGAGUAUGAUGAGAGCGAGAAAGAAGAAAGGUUUAAAAUAUUUGUGAACAAUUUAAAGGAUAUUAACGCUAUGAACGAGAGGAGUUCGAAUGCUGUUUACGGUAUCAAUAAGUUUUCAGAUCUAAGCAAAGAAGAAUUCGUAAAAUAUUAUACUGGUUUGAAACGAGAAGAGAGUCCAUCGAAUGAGGAUCAUAAAAAAACUGAUUUGCCAGAAUCAUUUAAUGUUACUGCACCGGAUCAAUUUGAUUGGCGAAAGAAAGGAGUUGUUAGCAGCGUAAAGGUUCAAGGACAUUGUGGUUCAUGCUGGGCAUUUAGUGCAGCUGAAAACGGCGUUAAAUACUGGAUCGUCAAGAAUUCCUGGGGUCAGAAUUGGGGGGAAAAUGGUUAUUUUAGAAUGAAGAUGGGAGUGAAUUGCUUAUUGAUAGCGGCACAUUGGUCAUUAGAAGUAUGGCAAACCGAAAUCAAAAUGUUCAUUAUUUGUGCAAUUUUGUUAUCAGUUGCAUUACAAUAUAAUGUAUAUUCUAGGGAGUUAGGUCAAAGGCGUCUGUACUCUCUGGAGGAGGCUCCAACACUUUUCGAACAGUUUAUAAAAGAUUACAGUAAAGAGUAUGAUGAGAGCGAGAAGGAAGAAAGGUUUAAAAUAUUUGUGAACAAUUUAAAGGAUAUUAACGCUAUGAACGAGAGGAGUUCGAAUGCUGUUUACGGUAUCAAUAAGUUUUCGGAUCUGAGCAAAGAAGAAUUCGUGAAAUUUUAUACCGGUCUGAAACGAGAAGAGAGUCCAUCGAAUGAGGAUCAUAAAAAAACUGAUUUGCCAGAAUCAUUUAAUGUUACUGCACCGGAUCAAUUUGAUUGGCGAAAGAAAGGAGUUGUUAGCAGCGUAAAGGUUCAAGGACAUUGUGGUUCAUGCUGGGCAUUUAGUGCAGCUGCUAAUGUCGAAAGUAUACAUGCUAUAAAGACUGGUAAGCUCAUAGACGUGUCUGAGCAACAACUACUGGACUGUGAUAAAUAUGAUUCGGGAUGUUCAGGAGGACUCCCAUGGGAUGCCAUGAGAUAUUUCGUCGCUAAUGGUGCAAUGUCUUUGAAGUCUUAUCCUUACGUUGCUGAAGAAGGAAACUGCCGUUAUGAUAGCAGUAAAGUUGAAAUAAGAUUAAAGGAAUAUAAACACAUAGAAAAACUAUCGGAAGACCAAAUUAAGGAACAUCUUUACAAUAUCGGACCGUUGAGUAUAGGUAUAACGUCAUCAGGACUUGCAGGGUAUACAGGGGGAAUUCUUAUUGAAGGGUGUCAUGUCAGUUAUAAAGUCGAUCAUGCUGUUCUUUUGGUAGGAUACGGAACAGAAAACGGCGUUGACUACUGGAUCGUCAAGAAUUCUUGGUUUCCGGAUUGGGGGGAAAAUGGUUAUUUUAGAAUGAAGAGGGGAGUGAAUUGCUUAUCGGUAACUGAAAUCGGAAUUACAACAGCUGUUAUAUAAAACAAUAAAUGUUUGAAAUAGA